ACUGAUUGUUCAGAUAGUGUUUGACUGCAGAGGAACGUGGAUCAGCUGGCAAUGGCGAAGAAUCUUGAAGCGAACCUGAUCGAAGUGAACGGGAAGUUCAUCAACUUCGACCAGCACCGGGAGGAGUACACCCAGCACUACGACGCCCUGAGGAAGGAACUGUAUACCCAAUUACGCAGCAACAAGGUGCUGGACAAGCUCCUGAAGGGGCACACGCUUGGAGGCAGCUAUGGGGACAACCUGAAGGUGGCAAUGCCCAACGAGUUCGACUUGGUCAUUCACCUGGUGUUUCCCGAAAAUGAUAAGAUUAUCGUCAAAGCCGAUCCUCGAAAACCAGGCAACGUUACCCUUGACAUGACUAAGGUAAUGGAAGUCAUCGGGAAGCAAGAGCAUAACAAACUAGUUUUCGAACAACUCCAGAAAAUGGUCAACAGAAACCAGUUGCUUUGCGAGGACAAAUUGCAGAGCUGGCUCCAGGGAGUAAUGACUCAGGCACUUGCCAAGAUGGGCAAACAGAUUAAAGUGGGCUCGGUGGUAUCGCCCCUGAGCUACAAAAAAUCGGGCCCCGCCCACACGAUCGACGUGAAAGGACGAUACGAGUACUCUGUCGACUUCGUGCCGGCCAUUCGGCUGAAGGCAGACCAGUGCGUUCUGGGGCCGCAGCAGAGGCGACACUUUGGAACAACGCCGCAUUGGGACGCCAUUCCCAAGCCCAUGAAGCCGCCGCUGCCGGAGAACAUAUCCUUCCGCGCCUCCUACUACGAUGCGGAGAAGGGUCUUCUCCAGGGGAAGAACAACUUAAAGAACUCCAUACGGUUGAUGAAGAGGCUUCGGGACAAGAAGAACAACAUGACCAACUUGAAGAGCUACUACAUAAAAACUUUGUUUUUGUGGGAAGUAACCAAGCAGGACCCCAAGUACUGGCAGAAGCCCAUGACUGAGAUCGUCAUAGAGAUGCUCGACCGGCUGGGCAACACCCUCCGGUUGACCUCUUCCAAGGGCAAGCUGCUUUUCUUUUGGGACCCCAAGCUGGACAUGUUCGCGGACCUCACAGCCAACCAGCGCCAGGCCAUGUUCAAUUGCGUGUCUAAGACUCAGUAUAUCUUUAGGCGCGGCGAUGGAAACCUCACGGAGGACAUAGUGAAAAGGGUUCAGACUUAUUUUAAUACUCCCAUAACCAGAGGAAUUGAGAACAUCCCCGAUAAUUCGCAGUGCUUACAAGCAGUGGCCGCAGAGGAGGACAGCAAGGCUAAGGCGCCAACUCCAAAACCAGGCACCCAAGUGGCAAGUUCUGGCAACGGUGCAAAGCCAAAGGAUCCCCCGACGAUUUCACCCAAAGCUAAACAGAACAAUGCGCUGCCAAACCAGAAUACUGCAAAGGCAGCUCAGCCAAACCAAAGAAAUCCAAAUGGGAAUGCCCAGAAAGCAGCUCCUGCUCAACCCAAGGAGCAGGCGGAAAAGCAACCCAAACUGCCAAUCAAACCAAAUCCAAAACCGAGCGCUCAGAAGGUUCCUGUCCCUGUUCAGCCGAACCAGUCUAAGCCAAAUCCUCCAAUAAAAGCCGAGAGUGGUGCCCAACCAGAUGCCAAAAAUCAAAAUCCCUCCCAACGUCCGGGUACUAAGCCACAACUCGAACCAGCUGUAGAAGGAAAGAAUGGGGAAUCAAGUUGCUCCAUUAAUUAAAGGGGUGUUCUAUGAGUUUAAAGAUUUUUUUUAACAGCAAAAUGAAAAUAAGUUUGAUCUUAACCGUUUCGAUCUUAAGCCUAAUCCUCGCCUUGUGGCCGGUGAUGUGGUGUCGUCGUGGUCGUUGUUAAGUCGCUCGUCCUCUUCCUUUUUCCUUACAAACCGCCUCCGGAGCGGUCCACACUGAUCUUCUGCUUCAGGUUGGCCGCCUCGUGCUUCUGCUCCUCCAGCUCGGCCAUCCGCGCGAAUCGGGAGUAGGCCACGUCGCCCGUUUUGAUGGCGGACAUCAUCUGUAAUUGGUUUCAGUGUGGGUAUCAAAUGUGUUAUAAAGAUUACCAUUGUCUGCUAACUGUUUCUUAAUGCCUAACAAAUAUAUGUACUAAGUGUGCCGGAA